GGGUUUCAUGGAAAAUUUAAAGAACUGGUCUCCAAAGUUCACGUUCUAGAUUCCACAGCAGUGGAGGCUCUGCGUAAUGCACUGUGGAUACACCCGCCCUUCAAAAAAGAUCUAUACACUAACAACAACAUCUCGUUGGAGGAUGCUCUCCAUCGUGUCCACUGCUUUAUCACAAUGAAAGAAGAUAAACAUGCCUACAUGAUUAAGCACAAUGCGAUCAAGAGCUUCAUAACCGUAAAAGUUGAAUAUAUAUAUAUACCAAGAACCUCGAAAACACUAAUCCUACAACAAGCAAGAUAAGAAAAAUUCAAAAUAUUUACUCUGUUGCCGGAACAAACCUAUUGAUUUAGCUGUAAUCAUUAUGGUCAAAAUCUAGGUUAGAUUCUUUCUUAUUAUACUCAAAGACAUUAAAAAAACCUGAUCCGAAAAUCAAAUGCGUUUGGCAAGAAAAAGAUCGGCGUCAUACUUAAAAUAGAAGGACUUGGUUAUUCAACUAAAUAUCUCCAACUAAGUGAAAAAUAUUUUUUCUCCGCACACAUGAAAAAAAUGCAUCAGUCUAAAAAGCAAUUACUAGUGUUUUCAGUUUUAACUAUGUUCUUACAUAUUGAACAACAUUAACUAUUUUCAGAUUAGAAAGAUAAGAACUACAGUAAAAUUUAUUUCCAUGGUAAGAUAAUUCUAUGUAAUACUUUUGGGGAAUAUUGUAAAAAAAAUCUACUUCUAUAUUUUCUUGGAAAAUAAAUAGUGCAUUUUGACAGAUCAUGGUGCACUGUAACAGAUAUCAUUCCAUUUUAAAUAUCAUAAUUGUAUCUUACAUAUUAAGUAUGAGGAUGACUAUUAAAAGUUUGUAGUGGAAAUAAAAAAAAAUCUCUAGAAUUGUCAUAAAGUCAAAGAUAUAUUUACUUUAAAAUGACAUAAAAAUUAAAUACCCAUAUGUCACAACUCUCUAUAAAUAAUAAAUAUACUCUUUCAUUUCCAACAUCAUCUUUUAUUUAUUUGUUAAAAGUAUUUUUGAGAAUGCCAAGAAGCACAGGAGGUCGUAAAAAAAUACCGAUUGAGAAAAUGGAGAAGGAUGCCAACCUUCAAGUUACCUUUUCAAAGAGAAGACAAGGUCUUUUUAAAAAAGCUAGUGAACUUUGCACCUUAUGUAAUGUAGGAAUGGGAGUAAUUGUGUUUUCACCAGGUCAAAAAGUAUUUUCUUUUGGCAAUCCAGAUGUUAAAUCUGUAAUCGAUAAUUUUAAAAAUCACAACCAUAGUCCUCUUUUAUAUACCCAAGACGGUUUAAACCCAACAAUCCAAAAUCUCAACAGCUUACUCACUCAGGAGUUGACAAUCCUUGAAAUGGAGAAAAAAAGGAAGAAAGAGUUGGAUGAGAUAAAAAAUAAGAGAGAAGAAAUAGAAAAAUGGUGGGAAAAAUCUCCUAAUCAACUUGACUUAAGUCAAAACACUUGUCUAACUAGAGCUCUGGAAAAUCUGAAAAUGGAGUUGGUAAGUCAACGGUCCCAACAAUUGCAAGCAAUUGAUCCUCCCAAUUAUUAUGGUGAAAGUUACAACAACAUUGUUGGUGGUGGCAAUGUCGAUCUUUUCGACCAAACAAGCAUGUUCGAUGGGAAUGCGUCCAACUAUAAUCCUAAUAUGAUUAUUUCUAAUCAUGGACCCAUGGUUGAAAAUAAUCAUAAAACCAAUGUCUUUGAAGCAUUCCGUCCAAGAUCCAAUCUGAAUUUGCCUGAGUAAACCAUGAUCACUACAAGGACCAAGGUCUGAAGGAAGAGGCAACAUAAUCCCAAUCAUGAUUUUCAUCACCUUCAACGUGGUUAUCUUGUUUGUCUAUUUUCAAUAAUUUAAUCUAUGUAUAAGAUAUUUGUUUCCUUUUCUUUUGUUGUUUUUUGUUCUGUCAACAUUUUCUUUGAUGUUGUUUGUUGUGUGUUUUACAUGUGUGGCAGAGUAAUUUAUGAAUAAAUAAUUAUAUCUCCAAACUUUAAUAUAUCUAUCUAUAAUAAUAAAGUUGAGUUUGCUCUCUCCUCUUUAAGCCACGUCAGCAAGAGCAUGAAGGCGUUUUUUGCCAUGUGUCAUGUUAAAAAAAUCAACGAAACUAGAUUUUCGUUCAUGUAUAAUUGUUAUAUAAUCUCUUGCCCAUUUAACUUAAUUUGUAUUGGGUCAUUAAAAAUUAGGUCAACGGGUCCACCACCGAAACCAUUUGCUACUUCAUCUCUGUCACCAAACUCAUGCCUAGGGAUCUUUGUAACCGAUGGCGUUAAUUGUUGCCUCCACUUCCCUUCGGUUAAUUGUAAGAGGUUAAUGAUGGCAUUCAUUCGUUUCAUUCAACGACUUCUCCUUCCUUCCAGCUUUCCUCAAAUUUUCACUGUUUUGUGCACUAUAUAUAUGGAGUUGAAGAGGACGCCUGUGCAUCUUGUCGUCUUGCAGUGUUCAAUUAUACUUAAGAAUCUGCAAGGAAGGUUACAAUCAUGGCAAAUCCUCAACUGCUUCUUUCUGAGUUGAAGGCCAUUAUGAUGAGAUGAUAUUACUCGCCAACACAACACCUACUUUCCAAGGCAGUUUCUGAACUUUUCCUCCAUAUUGGAUGAAUUAUAUGCAUAGGGUUGAUGAUGGGAAUGUUUUAUUUAUUCACGGUUUCACUCCAUAUUGGUUAGAUUAAAUUCAUCGGUUUGACGAUGAACUGUUUUACUUCAUCACGGUUUCAUAUUAGAUAUUGUGGUGAGUCAUGGGGUUCAAAACCACCUAUAUCGGUGAACUCCAGAGUAUUCAGAGUUUUAUAGUUAACAUUCAGUUACCACAGUAUGUUAAAGCCUCACUGUUUGGAAAUUUUGGUUAGAUGCAGUGAUUUUUAAGGUUGUUUUUUCAAUUCUGAAAUAAAAAACUUGUACCAAUCUUCAAGGGCCGACUAUUUGUUUAACUGUGUUUGAUGGGAUGGCCACUCUCCUUCAUGAGAAAUUGGUGGCCUCAUGUGUUGAGCCUAAGGUGUUUGGAGGUACUACGAUUUCUAGCCAACUUAAUCUUGUUAAUCAUCAACUUCAUGACGCGGCUCUUAAAGUUUUUACUUUUAAUUUCAUGGCAGGUUGUCUCUUCGUAAGCACCCAUUUCCACUACGACAAAGAAAGUGGUGCUGGCCAAAGUCUUUAUGAAGAGUAAGAUUAAAACCCUCUAUUUUUUCUGUUAACUAAAUUCAUGUUUUCCUUUUCACCUUCUUAAACUUUUGAUUCAACAGAAAAUUUCUCCACGAUGUCACUACUUCCUCUAGUUUAAUACGAAGGUGUACAUAAAAUUGAGACCGUCACUGUUGCUGAGCUUAGCGCUUAUGUCCUUAACUCUGACCCACAGGUGCUAUUUUAACACUCUUCGUCUUUUGUUGAUUCCUGUCUGUAAACUAAAAUGCUCUCUAAUCUAUUUGAUCAUAGUCUGUGGAGUUCCUCUGUGCCGGUGAAGUUGAUAGUAUUGAUAUCACUAAUGAGUUGUGUUACACCUCCUGCUCAAAAUUCUAUAGAAAGCUUAGAGAGGAUUCUCAUACUUACAUGUGCAGCCUGCUAUAAUGACAACACGCUAUUGGUGUUCUCAGGUGAUCAUGCAUAGACUGGCGCUAUUUGGGUCUCUUAGAAGUACACAUUUUGGUUGCGUUUGUAAAGUAACAACCACUGGACGAUUUCAACGUUGUGAUUUGUGCAGGUUUCAUGUCCAUUUCUCUGUGUCAGAAUCUGCUAGGUUCGUAGCAUUUGAUGGUGAGAUGACCAGGCUAAAAAAUGCGGAGAUUCAAAGGUUGCCUAACUUAUGGUAACAAAUAUAUUUAUUUACUUAAAUUCAUGGUUAACAUUUGCUUGAUAUUUAUUUCCGUAACUAUUUUGUCUUCAAUGUAUUUCAUUGCAAAUAAUACAUAAAAGUGAAAAGUAGUUAUUGUAUUAAUUCAAGGUUUUUCAUUUUUAUGACUCCAACUCUACAAUCACGCCUUUUUCCAAGUUUUUUAUUCUUAACUCUAUGAUUUUUCUACGCAAGUUCAUGUUUGUAGAAUAACCAAGCCUACAUUUCUGUACAUGACCCAGGUGUGGAUGACCCAGAUCAGAGACCCCUACCACAGCGCUUAAAGGAUUUGGUUGGCAGCACCUUCACUUUCCAGUUGAAGAUUUCUCCAUUCAACCUCUUUUCAAAGCAUCAGCCCUUCACAAUAUCAAGGAUCUUCUACAGCAACCAAUGUCCUCCACUCCCGAACUUCUACUGGAAACGUAAGUUUAAGCAGUUGGUAAACAUGUUUACAACUUAUUGUUCUAAGGUCUCCAGACUUUUAUAUUGUCUAGGACUUUAAGUCUUUUACUUGUCUAUGCGCAGGGAGGUGCCAAUAACCUUGGCGAUGAUAUGCCAGGAGCUGGAGCAGUUAAACCUCAGCCCUCCAGUAAUGUUACCAACGUUGUCCCUGUAAACCACACUGGUAUGGUUGCUUGUAGCGUUACAGAAGAAGCUACAGGGGCGAGUAGUUGCAGCAUUGUAAAACCUGUUUCGGGUGGAGUCACAGCUGACGGUGCACAAAACUUCCGGAGGAUGUUGACGUCGUAAAAAACCAUGCAAUGUUUAGCUUGCCAGAUUUGGGAAUGUACAAGCUCAAUGCCUGUUACUGCUUUUCCUUUUUUUUUAUUUUAAACAACCUGCUUUUCCGUUUUUUAAAUCUUCUUCUUACCUUAAAUAAAUUUUCUACGAACUCCCAUCUAUGAUUUAUUUCGGUCUUCACUUUGUUUCUUACUAUUUUCUUGGCUAGGUCACCCAGAAACCUUUUGGGCGCAAAUUUAUUUUUUAAACCCAUUUAUAAAAGCUUAUUGUCUUUAGUUAUUUCACAUCCAAAGACAGGAAGCUCCAAUGAAGAUUUUUUCAAAACUUUUACUUAGCUGAAAAACUUAAUAUUAAGUUAGUCUUACAAAAACGAUUCGGAACAAAGUAUAUUACUACGAAAACAAAACCUCUGAUUCCUUGAUAAUCAAGCAAAUAACAAUGACUAACGUCUAAACCUUAGUCAUUUUAUAUACAUUCAAACAGUCACACAAUGCAAUUGGUAAGGAAUUAUAGAUAAGUACGAUGUUGAUUACAGUUAAAUACAUUAGGUCCGCUUAGCAGGUGCUUGCUCCUUAUCGGAUCCCCUAGAAGCACGUCUGCUUGAUCAACAUAUUGGAUGAGUUUCCGGUUAUGAACUGAUCAUGGUUGAGUUGAUUGGAAAUUGGACUCACUCUGGUCUGUCCUCCCUUUGAUCUCACCGGUUAUUAAUUGGAUGAGUUCCCUAAGAUAAAGAUAACAAUUUUUUAUUCAGCUUCUGCGUAUGUUUUGGAUGAACAAAUUCGUUGAUCGUCUUCAAAAGCAAAUAAAGUUGAGCCACUACAGAGACACUUACAUUACACUAAAUGAAUUAGGCACACCCAACAGUCUUGCAAUGUCUAAGAUAAUUAUUGUUUAAACUCAGGCAAGAAACUUAUUCAUAAACGAAUUUCAAAUGUAAUUUCCAAAAUAUAAAAACAUUGAUAUUAAUACAUAUUAGGAAUUGAAAUUAUGUUUGGUAUAAGUUUCUUUUGGGAUUUUGAAUAUUUCGAGUUCUAUCAGAUAUCCAUUUAGGUUCGCAUUCGGUUCGGAUAAAACUCAUAACCCAAAAUACCAUAUAAGAAUAUCCAUUUAGUAUUUAUGUCAAGUUUGGAUCGAUUCAGAUUCAUUUUAAUCGGAUCGAAUUCGGUUUAGAUUUUUGGGUUCAGUUUAUUUGCAUAGCCCUACAUUUUUCCUUUUCGAACAUCAACUUUACUUUAUAUUGAAAGUUUAACUAUAUUAAUUUUAUUACGACUAUCAGCUAUUUAUCCUAUUUUUAUUGAAUCGAUCAGUGAA